UGAAGUGGCGGCUGCUUUCCCUUCCGUCUGACAGCUGAAUGCUUUUCUUUAUUAUUAUUUAUUUAUUUCCCCCCCUCCCUCCGGGGUUUCAUGAUCAGCACUGGGGGAGCCGGGAAAUUUUGUGGCCACUGGCAUAUUUUUAUUUAAAAUUGCUGUCAGUGGACGUUUCUCCUUCUGCUCCAGCAUCGUUGUCCUGUUCACAGCUAUUAAGGCUUAAGAAGCUUGAUUCUCUGAGGCUUGUAUCUAAGGGCAUCAGUCAUUAGCACACUGAGCUACAUCUGCUUCUUGGCUAAGACUGAAGAAAGACAUCUUAAGCUGGAAAUCCUGCUUGCUCACUCGCUCUCUAGUGCAUACGGAAGGGGAAGCAUAUGCAGCAGGUUCCUUUUUUUUUUUUUUUUUUUUUUUUUUUUUAAUUCCAAAAGGCUGCCUCACUUUGGAGAUGCAGUGACACGGUAAUGGAGUGAAAGUCUCCUGUUUCCAGGGGAGAAAAUUAUACGAGUCAGAGAAAGGAAAGAGGAAGUUAAAUAACAGCAGAAAUAGGAAAAAGGACAGUGGUGAAGAGCUGAAAAUAAAAUUAGAGGAAACAGGUGGAAGGCUGGCAUAAAGCUGGGAGAUAUUUUAGGCUUAAACUGUGUGGUUGUUCUUUUUUUUUUUUAAUUUUUGUUCUGAUUUCUAAGCUCAUUUUGGUGAUCCCUGCAGUAAACCAGGCUGCUUCCCCAACGUGUCCUUUUCUCUCUCCCUGCCUGCUGUCUCUGCUGCUGCUGACAGAAACGUGUUAGGAAAGCAGAAAGAGAAAAUGCCAGCCAUCCUGGUAGCCUCCAAAAUGAAAUCGGGACUACCUAAACCCGUACACAGCGCUGCUCCAAUCCUGCAUGUCCCAACGGCCAGGACCAUCCCGCAGCCCUGUUACCUGAAGUUUGGGAACAAGGUGGAGGUGACGAAGCCAUUGUAUUCCAGCCAGAUUCCUCUCAAAUCUCCUAACGGACAAGAAAAUGCAGGAGAUGGACUCCCACCAAGGAAGAGUAGCUCGGUAGAAAAUGGAUUUGACACACAGAUUUAUACGGAUUGGGCUAAUCACUACCUAGCAAAAUCUGGUCACAAGAGAUUGAUAAAGGAUCUACAGCAAGAUGUGACUGAUGGAGUCUUAUUAGCUGAAAUAAUCCAGGUUGUAGCAAAUGAAAAGAUUGAAGACAUCAAUGGCUGCCCCAAAAAUAAGUCUCAAAUGAUUGAAAACAUAGAUGCGUGCCUGAGUUUCUUGGCUGCUAAGGGAAUUAACAUACAGGGGCUGUCAGCAGAAGAAAUCAGGAAUGGGAAUCUGAAGGCCAUCUUGGGCCUUUUCUUCAGUUUAUCUCGAUACAAGCAACAGCAACAGCAGCCACAGAAACAGCAACCACACCACCAUCCGUCCCAGCAGCCUCCCUCAGUACCCCAGCAAGGAGGGCCUCCAUCCCAGUGCCAGGCCGGGGUACUGCAGCACCAGGUACCGGCCUCGCCCCAGCCUCCGUGCCAACUGCCCCCUCAAGCUGCGCAGCAGCAGUUCAAAGCACAACCAGAAAUGCAGUCCAGUGCAUCUCCCAGGGACUCAUCUCAAAGCAAAAUCAUCCGAUUCACUCUUGGUCAGAAAAAGUCUUCUAGACUUCCAGGCCCCACGACAAGAGUGUCCACUGCAGGCAGUGAGGCCAAGGCUCGUGGUUCUAUCAGUGCCAACAAUCGUCGCAGCCAGAGCUUUAACAAUUAUGACAAAUCUAAGCCUGGACUUCCCCCUCCAACACCAACAAGUAGCAAUGACAAAGAGUCCGCAGACAGUACAGCCUCCCAGCCCACAGGAAUGAAUGAAAAUGUCUCAUCCUCGGUUCAAAGCUGCAGCAGUACUGUUAGUUGCAAUAACUCAUCAGCCAUCCCUCAGCCCAGCUCUGCGAUUAAACCUUGGCGCAGCAAGUCCCUUAGUGCUAAGCACACAGCCACGUCUUCCAUGUUAUCCGUAAAGCAGCCCAUAUCGGAGCCUCCAAAACCACCCUUGGAAAUCGCCAAAACAACUCCCAAUGGUCAGAAAUCCAUGCUUGAAAAAUUAAAACUCUUCAAUAGCAAAGGCGGCUCCAAAGCAGGAGGGACAACGCUUGAGUGUCCAGGGUCUCAGGACAACAGUUGUGAAAAGCUGGAGACACUUCUCAGCUUUGAGGAAAGUGAAGAAAUUGAUGCCGUGAAUCAGAACAUGAACAAUCCGGGAUCAAUGUCCAGUAGUCCCAAAAUUGCACUCAAGGGAAUUGCACAAAGGACUUUUAGUCGGGCACUAACUAAUAAGAAAAGUUCUCCAAAGGGUAAUGAGAAGGAUAAAGAGAAACAGAAAGAGAAAGAGAAGGAUAAAAGUAAAGACAUUGCAAAGAGAACAUCUAUCACUGAAAAGCUGGACCUGAAAGAGGAACCAAAAGAAGAACAGACAGCACUAGCAACAACAGAGAUGCCAAAAAAGUCCUCCAAGAUCGCAAGCUUUAUCCCUAAAGGAGGAAAGCUGAAUAGUGCCAAGAAGGAGGCUUCUGCCCCUUCCCACAGUGGGAUACCAAAACCAGGAAUGAAAAACACCACAGGGAAAUCCUCAAGUGCCCCCGCUCCUGCAAAGGAAGGCGACAGAAGCCGCAGCGGGAAAGCUGGCUCGGGGCUCUCUCAUCAGAAGUCUCAGCUGGACAGCAGGCAUUCCAGCUCCUCAUCCAGCCUGGCCUCUUCAGAAGGAAAAGGUGUAGGAGGCCUCAACAGCAGCAGCAGCAGCCAAGCUGUCAACGGCCCCACCGCGACGACACACACCACAGGGAGCAAUACUGUGAGUGUUCAGCUACCUCAUCCCCAACAGCAAUACAGCCACCCGAACACUGCCACGGUUGCUCCCUUCAUGUACAGAUCGCAGACAGACAAUGAAGGGAAUGUAACAGCCGAGGCCAGCACAGGAGGGGUCAGCAUGGAUUCUGCUCUUUAUGUCAAAACUGGACAGCCUGCUCUUGAAGACCUCUCAGGAGAGGAUCCAGAAACUCGGCGGUUACGAACUGUGAAAAACAUUGCUGAUCUUCGACAGAACUUAGAGGAAACCAUGUCCAGUUUACGGGGAACCCAGGUCACUCACAGCACAUUGGAAACUACCUUUGACACCAACGUCACUACCGAGAUAAGUGGCCGCAGCAUCCUCAGCUUGACGGGACGACCGACCCCUUUAUCGUGGAGACUAGGGCAGUCCAGCCCUCGCUUGCAGGCAGGCGACGCUCCGUCGAUGGGCAAUGGGUACCCUCCGCGAGGGAACGCCAGCCGCUUCAUCAACACGGAGUCGGGACGUUACAUGUAUUCGGCACCGUUACGGAGGCAGCUCGCGUCUCGGGGGAGCAGUGUCUGCCAUGUGGACAUCUCAGACAAGGGAAGUGAUGAAAUGGAUCUGGAAGGCAUCACCAUGGAUGCCACUGGCUACAUGAGUGAUGGGGAUGUUCUGGGCAAGAAUAUCAGAGCUGAUGACAUCACGAGUGGGUACAUGACCGAUGGUGGUCUGGGCCUCUAUACUCGAAGGCUAAACCGGCUGCCAGAUGGCAUGGCUGCAGUGCGGGAGACGAUGCAGCGUAACACUUCACUGGGACUCGGAGAUGCUGACAGCUGGGAUGACAGCAGCUCUGUCAGCAGUGGGAUCAGUGACACCAUAGAUAAUCUCAGUACGGAUGACAUUAACACUAGCUCCUCUAUCAGCUCCUAUGCCAACACACCUGCCUCCUCCCGCAAAAACUUAGAUGCACAGACUGAUGCAGAAAAGCAUUCCCAGGUUGAGCGGAAUUCCUUAUGGUCCGGUGAUGAAGUCAAGAAAUCAGAUGGAGGAUCUGAUAGCGGUAUAAAAAUGGAGCCAGGACCUAAAUGGAGGCGGAAUCCUUCUGAUGUGUCAGAUGAAUCUGAUAAAAGCACUUCUGGAAGGAAGAACACUGUUAUUUCACAGACGGGCUCCUGGCGACGGGGCAUGUCGGCUCAGGUUGGCAUUACCACACCAAGGACUAAACCUUCAACCACCUCAGGCACAUUAAAGACACCUGGAACAGGGAAAACUGAUGACGCCAAGGUAUCAGAAAAGGGUAGACUAUCUCCUAAAGCUGGACAUGUUAAACGUUCCCCAUCAGAUGCAGGACGCAGCAGUGGUGAUGAAUCCAAAAAGCUUCCCACAAGUAACUCUAGAACAACUGCUGCUAAUGCUAAUACAUUUGGAUUUAAGAAACAGAGCGGGUCAGCUGUAGGCAUGACUAUAAUCACUGCCAGUGGGGCAACUAUCACCAGUAGAUCGGCUACCCUGGGAAAAAUCCCAAAGUCAUCUGGACUCAUGGGUAGGACCACUGGUCGGAAGACUAGUGUUGAUGGCUCACAGAACCAGGAUGAUGGCUACUUAGCACUUAGUGCCCGAACUAAUCUUCAGUAUCGUAGUUUACCCCGGCCCAGUAAAUCCAGUAGCAGAAGUGGAGCUGGGAAUAGAUCUAGCACAAGUAGCAUAGACUCCAACAUAAGCAGCAAGUCAGCUGGGCUGCCUGUCCCUAAAAUGAGAGAGCCUGCCAAGGUAAUCCUUGGAAACUCUCUGCCAGGAUUAGUCAAUCAGACUGAUAAAGAGAAAGGGAUUUCGUCUGACAACGAAAGCGUGGCCUCAUGUAAUUCUGUUAAAGUGAACCCUGCAUCACAGACUGCUUCUAGCGGAGCUCAAAGUACCCACCAGCAAGGAGCCAAGUACCCCGAUGUGGCCUCUCCCACUUUGCGCAGACUUUUCGGUGGCAAGCCUAGUAAACAAGUUCCCAUCACAACAGCUGAAAAUAUGAAAAAUUCAGUAGUCAUCUCCAAUCCUCAUGCUACUAUGAACCAGCAGGGUAAUCUUGAUUCACCAUCUGGCAGUGGUGUGCUGAGCAGUGGGGGCAGCAGUCCUCUGUAUAGUAAAAACACAGAUAUGAACCAAUCUCCACUAGCUUCUAGUCCCAGUUCAGCACAUUCAGCUCCAUCCAACAGCUUAACGUGGGGUACCAACGCAAGUAGCUCUUCUGCUGUUAGCAAGGAUGGCAUUGGAUAUCAGUCUGUCAGCAGCCUUCACACCAGCUGUGAAUCCAUUGAUAUCUCUCUGAGCAGUGGAGGCGGGCUGAGCCAUAACUCCUCCACUGGCUUGAUUCCAGCCUCUAAAGAUGAUUCUCUGACUCCCUUUGUCCGAACCAACAGUGUUAAGACUACAUUGUCUGAAAGCCCUCUUUCUUCCCCUGCUGCUAGCCCCAAAUUCUGCCGAAAUACUUUGCCCAGGAGGCAGGACAGCGACCCACAUCUUGAUAGGAACACUUUGCCUAAGAAGGGACUCAGGUAUACUCCAUCCUCCCAACUCCGUAAUCAAGAAGAUGCAAAAGAAUGGCUACGAUCCCAUUCAGCAGGAGGACUUCAGGAUACUGCUGGCAAUUCUCCAUUUUCAUCUGGAUCCAGCAUAACAUCACCCUCUGGAACUAGAUUUAACUUCUCACAGCUUGCAAGCCCAACCACCGCAGCCCAGAUGAGCCUGUCAAAUCCAACCAUGCUACGGACCCACAGCCUUUCCAAUGCGGAUGGUCCUUAUGACCCCUAUAGCGAUACGCGCUUCAGGAACAGCUCCAUGUCCCUGGAUGAGAAAAGCAGAACAAUGAGCCGGUCUGGCUCUUUCCGUGAUGGCUUUGAAGAAGUGCAUGGUUCUUCUCUCUCUUUGGUGUCCAGUACAUCAUCCAUUUAUUCAACACCUGAAGAGAAGUGCCAGUCAGAGAUUCGCAAGCUACGAAGAGAGUUGGAUGCAUCCCAAGAAAAAGUGUCAGCUCUGACAACUCAGUUGACUGCCAAUGCUCACCUGGUGGCAGCAUUUGAGCAGAGCCUGGGGAACAUGACAAUCAGACUGCAGAGCCUGACGAUGACCGCAGAACAAAAGGACUCAGAACUGAAUGAGUUAAGGAAGACUAUUGAACUACUGAAGAAGCAAAAUGCUGCUGCCCAGGCUGCCAUCAAUGGAGUCAUCAACACACCUGAGCUCAACUGCAAAGGACCUGGAGCUGCUCAACCCACAGACCUGCGGAUCCGAAGGCAGCACUCUUCGGAUAGUGUCUCCAGUAUUAACAGUGCUACCAGUCACUCCAGUGUGGGAAGCAACAUCGAGAGCGAUUCAAAGAAAAAGAAGAGGAAGAACUGGGUCAAUGAGUUACGCAGCUCCUUCAAGCAAGCUUUUGGUAAAAAGAAAUCUCCCAAGUCAGCAUCUUCUCAUUCAGAUAUUGAGGAGAUGACUGAUUCAUCGUUACCUUCUUCACCAAAGCUACCGCACCAUAACUCCACUGUUUCAACACCGUUGCUGAGAGCUUCACAUUCCAACUCUCUUAUUUCUGAAUGCACUGACAGCGAAGCUGAAACGGUCAUGCAAUUACGAAAUGAGCUCAGAGACAAGGAGAUGAAGCUGACUGAUAUUCGGCUAGAAGCUCUUAGCUCUGCUCAUCAGCUUGACCAGCUUCGGGAGGCGAUGAACAGAAUGCAGAGUGAGAUUGAAAAAUUAAAAGCAGAAAAUGAUCGGCUGAAAUCUGAAAACCAUGGCAGCUGCAGCAGGGCUCAGUCUCAGGUUUCCAUUUCAUCCUCUCCAAGACAUUCAAUGGGUCUCUCUCAACACAGUUUGAACCUCACAGAGUCAACCAGUCUUGACAUGCUGUUAGAUGACACUGGAGAUGGCUCUGCCCGGAAAGAAGGAGGCAGGCACGUCAAAAUAGUUGUCAGUUUUCAGGAUGAAAUGAAAUGGAAGGAGGAUUCAAGGCCUCGCACCUUCCUCAUAGGCUGCAUCGGGGUCAGUGGCAAGACCAAGUGGGAUGUUCUGGAUGGAGUUGUAAGACGGUUGUUCAAGGAGUAUAUCAUUCACGUGGAUCCCGUGAGCCAGCUAGGACUGAAUUCAGACAGUGUUCUGGGCUACAGCAUUGGAGAAAUCAAACGCACUAAUAGUGCAGAGACACCUGAGCUGUUGCCCUGUGGCUAUCUGGUUGGAGAAAACAACACUAUUUCAGUUACUAUCAAAGGUAUCUGCGAGAACAGUUUGGAUGGUCUGGUGUUUGAAUCACUGAUCCCAAAGCCUAUACUGCAGCGUUAUGUCUCUCUCCUGAUGGAACAUAGACGGAUUAUUUUAUCUGGCCCCAGUGGCACUGGUAAAACAUAUCUAGCAAACCGUCUGUCUGAGUACAUGGUCCUUAGAGAGGGCAGGGAGUUGGCCGAUGGCAUUAUUGCAACCUUCAAUGUGGACCAUAAAUCCAGUAAGGAACUCCGCCAAUACCUGUCCAACCUUGCAGACCAGUGUAACAGUGAAAAUAAUGCUGUGGAUAUGCCUCUUGUAAUCAUUUUGGAUAAUUUGCAUCAUGUUAGCUCCCUAGGAGAGAUCUUUAAUGGACUUCUAAACUGCAAGUACCACAAAUGUCCAUAUAUUAUUGGCACAAUGAACCAAGCCACCUCUUCAACACCUAAUCUUCAACUUCACCAUAAUUUCAGAUGGGUGCUGUGUGCUAACCACACUGAACCGGUCAAAGGCUUUCUUGGCCGUUUCUUGAGAAGAAAACUAAUUGAAACAGAGAUCAGUGGCAGGAUGAGAAAUGCAGAGCUGGUUAAAAUUAUUGAUUGGAUUCCCAAGGUCUGGCAUCAUCUGAACAAAUUCUUGGAGGCUCACAGCUCCUCUGAUGUUACUAUUGGUCCACGGCUCUUCCUCUCCUGUCCGAUAGAUGUAGAUGGUUCUAGAGUUUGGUUUACUGACUUGUGGAAUUACUCCAUCAUCCCAUAUCUUCUGGAGGCAGUUAGAGAAGGGCUACAGUUGUAUGGGAGGAGAGCGCCCUGGGAAGAUCCCGCCAAAUGGGUAAUGGACACCUAUCCUUGGGCAGCCACCCCCCAGCACCAUGAGUGGCCUCCUCUGCUACAGCUGCGGCCUGAAGACGUGGGCUUUGAUGGCUACUCGAUGUCACGGGAAGGCUCAACGAGCAAACAAGUUCCAGUGAGUGAUGCUGAAGGAGAUCCUUUGAUGAAUAUGCUAAUGAGACUGCAAGAAGCAGCCAACUACUCAAGUCCCCAGAGUUACGACAGUGACUCUAACAGCAACAGCCAUCAUGAUGACAUCCUCGAUUCGUCUCUGGAGUCGACCUUGUGAUCUUCCACAGAUAGAAAUAGGUUGUUUCCAUUAUUGCUUUCCCACUUGGCAAGAACCCUGAUCACAGACUCAUGAAAAGGGCGUGUUCCUGGGCUGGGCUGGGAUCUCAGUAUUAGAGCUGCAAGAACAGCAAGACACGUAGAGUCACUCUUGAACCUGGGUGCAGGCAACCCAAGCAACCUUUGUAUUGUUUUUCUUUUGACGAUGAUGAGAACUGCACUAUUCCUUUGUUUUCUUCUGUUUAGUUGCUGUAAGCGCUCAUGCCUAAGAUACUGAAGAUGUUAAAAAUAAAUCAUCAUUGCUAAAAGUUGAAGGUGCGGGGGGGAUCUUCACAGCUAUGAAGCAAACAGCUUUGUGUCAUGUACUAUCUGGAAGGAGAGGGGAGAGGAAAUUUUUGCCUAUGCUGCUUCUGACCAAACACAUUUAGGUGAGGGCUGGACUUUUACCAAUCAGCUUUGUGGAUUAAACUCAGCUUCAUAUAGUUCUGGUGCUAUAACAAUAUCGCUUGCCUUGGUAAUAAUACUCAAUAAAGGCAAAGCUGCAAAACAGGGAAGUUUGAAUAAAUAUUUUAAAAGAUUUAAAAAAAAAAAAAAAAAAAGAAAAAGAAAAGAAAACAAAAAGCGCUGCUCUCCUUGCCAGUCUGAGACCUUGGCUUUCUUUCAUUGUGUGUUUAUAAAGAUAUAUAUAUAAAUAGGAAUAUAUAAAAAUAUAUAUACGGUCUGAACAAAUCAGGUUUUUUCAAACACUGUGUAACAAUCAAUCCUACUACAAGUGAAAGAUCAGGUAGCCCUUUGCUAGUCAGGGCCUGAUUCUCUCCCCAGUUACAUCCACAUAACCAACUCGGUUGACUUCAGUGGCAUUACACCCAAUUUAUUUACACUGAUGUGAGUGAGUUUCCCUCCUCCGCAGAAGUCAGCGAAAGGGCCUUGCCCUGUGAAGUCCUACAGCUCUGAAGGACGUUCGGCAGUGCACAGGCGUCAUGAGCCCUGUACACGGGGGUGCACUGCACCCCUGAAAAGGGAUUAAUCGGACUUUCAGUUUAUAAUUCUUGCCAUGAAAUGUUACAGCUGUUUUCUAAAACCUUUGGGUUUUGUUCAGAGGUUUUGUUCCAAUCAGCACAACCACAAAUGUGUUAAUUAAAACUCUGCUCUGUGGCAGUUCCAGUGCUACUGUGGUGACAACAUUUAUUUCCAUGACAUUUCUUUUUAACUAGUAAAAAAAAAAAAAAUGGUAUUUUAGCAGUAUUCAGAUCUGGAAGAAAAGGAGGGAAGGUACUACAUCUUUUAAGUUUAGCUGGGCCAUGCUUUUGAGUUUUGGCAGAGCUGUGAACCUGGUUUUAUUUCUCCUCCUCUCUGAACGCACACACCUACACUAUCAGUGUUAAGGCUUGUACUUCUGUUGGGGAACAAGAACACCUCCCAAGGAAUUGCACUUUCCUUUUUACGGAAGCAAAUGCUUACACCACCAUCACAACGUCAGCUGUACCUCAGCAAAAACAUCACUCCUCAAUAUUGAUUUGUACUAGCCUUUCCAGCUAUCUUUUGGUGCUGACUUUUAAAGCGAUGCCUUAUUUUGUACUAAUUGUGUUUGAUUAAAUUAGUGCUGUAUAUUAUGAGAUUUUAUUUAAAGAAACAGGGCUAUAGUCAUCUCUUGGAAUAUCAUAAGUUGCUGUGAAUAUUGUUUGUAUGAGAUGCUAAAAUUUGUUUAAAUGUGACAAAAAAGGAGGGAAAUGAGAUAACUUUUCGGGUUCAUAUCAAUCCGCAGCUAAUAAAUCACUAAAGAGCUGUUCUAUCCAUGCAGGAGGGAAAAAAAAAAAAGCUUUUCAGCUAUAAUAAAUGAUGUCAUUAGUAAAUUACAGGAAUAUGCUGGUAUUUCAAUGUGGAGAAAGAAAACUUAUUACAAACACUUUUUUAAGAGCUUGUGGGUUUAAAGUAAUAGACAAGUUCAUGCUUCUGUGACUCAGCUUGAGAGGAUCGUUUUAUUAUACCUCAUGACUUUCUGUAACAUAACUGUACUUUGUCUUACUGAGCUGGUCUUGAAUCUGCUCCCGUUACAACUUUUAAGUGCUGAUGACUUUUUGUUUUUAAAGAAAAAUAUUGUAAAAGAAAAAUUUAAAUAUUUUAACGAUGGGGGUGAAAUGCUUGGUGUUGUUACUGUUUUAACCUUAUGAACUCUAUUUCAUUAUUUCACUGAAUGAAAUACCAAGGGUUACUCAGCCAAUGUUCCUAAUCCAGUUCUUGGUACUGUAAAAACGGGAUAGAUCUAUAUGGAAUCAUAUACAUAGCAUGCUGAUGAUGAGUUUGAGAGAGGUUAAUUUUUCCAGUAGUCUUGACAAUUCUGCUUCCCAGCACUGACUUUACCUACUACUACUGUGAAUUUUGGUACCUAAUCCCCCAACUGAAUCCAUGCAGAUAGAGCAUGUGCCUGUAGAAAAAUCCAGUUGCAGGGCUAGGGCUUUAAAUGGACUUAAUAUCCUAGAAAAUGUCUCAGUUAACCUUUAACUGAGUGCUGUAAGAUGUUUAAAAUGGUGUUUUAUUUGUGGGGAAUGGGGUACUGUUUGUUUUUUUUUUUUUCCUCCUUUUUAAUCCUGUGCUUAAGCUCAGGAAAUAAUUUCUGUUAUCUUCUGUUUUGUAUUGACACUAACUUGGAUUACAGUGAGAGAGGCAAUUUUGAGUAGGCUAGUCAUUCUAAGCAUCACAAUAUUCAGUGUCUUUUCUGAAACUUCGGGAAGCAGGGUUACCUGUUGUGCACGUCUUAGUUUUUAAUCAAGACUUUUCAUAGAUUAAAUCUCUCUUCAAGUGACUUUAUUCUCAUUAAAGGCUUUUUCAAAACGCUUCCUUUUUUUAUUUUUCUUCUUUUUUUGCCUUUUUUUCCUUGAGAAGUUGGCUUGUUUAAAAAAAAAAAAAAAACAAGAAAGAAAUGCAAGAUUCUAUGCAACAUUCACAUUGAGUUCUAAAUUGAAAGUAUAAACCAUUUUCUUUCCUUCAGAACUGCCAAGAAUGAUACAGGCCAUAAAUGAGAUGUGUUUUAUUUAGGGAAAGGGAGGGGAGGGGGUUGGUUAGCCUUUUUGUACAUUUUGGAAGAAGCAAACUGAUAUUUCAUUGUUGAUGCUUAACUUCGAUAUUAUGUGUAUGAAAUCUUGUCUAAAUGUGGCAAUUUUCUUUCAAGAAAAAAAUACAAAAACAAAGCAAAAAAAUCUUUGUCAAUAUUAAAUGGAAGGUUGCUGUUUUGAUCUAGUCAUUUCCAGUGGAACAGUUUAUGAAAUAUGUUCUAUAAGAUGUACAUUUUUUCAUUGUAACAUAGAAAUGUAAAUAUUUGAUUAAAAGUGCUGCAUUUUGAUGAAUUUUUUCUAGCCAUUUUUAAAGAGAAAAACUAGGAAUUGAGUAUUUUGUGUACGUUUAUGAUGUUUUCCAUUUGCUCCUCUCCCUAUUUAAUUUUCAGUUCUCAUUUAGGAUUGGAAUUUGUGAAUGGUCUGUUUGAGAUCAUGCUUCCCCUUUCUCACCUUCCCCAUUUCUCUCCCUUCCCUGCCCCUGUGUCAUGGAGAAUAAAGCUGAUGAUUGUACCAGUCUUAAAUUAUUCAUGAUCCAAUAAAAUUGAUGCUUAUUUAUUCAGA